AUGGCGACUUCCGAGGUUCCGCAACUGAGCAAAAUCCCGAUUGGCUCCAAUGUUUCGCUCAUCACCAGUGUCCAGUAUCGAUAUGAAGGGACGGUAGCUGCCAUCAAUUCCAUCGAGGACACGAUCACGCUUCGAAACGUACGAUUUUGGGGUGCCGAGAAUAGGGUUCCUGGGAGUACUUCUGCGCCUGCAAGUGAAAACAAGGGACCAGCAAUCGGAUCGCUUUUUGACUCUGUUACCUUUUGGAUGUCAAACGUGAUAAAAUUGAGGAUAACGGAUGAAGUAACCGACAAAAAUGAACUGACAGAUGUCGCUGUGAAAAUUGCUAGUUCCACAGAACCAAACAAAGGCCAGGCAAAGAAGCCACCCGCUGUCGUCGUAAGUCCAGACGCAAUCAACUUUUGCCGUGUUUACACCUCGUUCUCUGCUUUACUCUUCGAUUUAUUUUUGCUUGAAGGCUCAAACAACCGACAGUGCUUCCUCAAGCAGGAACUCGAACAGAGCCAGUCGCAAUGGCCGUACAUCAAGAACCGGUCAGGCGUCCGUCCCGCCAACUCACCGACAGUCGCGUCCAUUUAUACGACGAGGCAGAAACGGAGGACCUCAGAGACAACCGCCAUUUCUUCCGUUUGCCACGGCCCAAGCUCUUCCGGCCGCCCCUGCUCGGAAUACAUAUCUAGCUCCUGUUCGCGGGGCUUCAUAUAGAGUGUCCAACAAUGGAAGGCAGAAUGGGAUGGGUCGUCGAUCUGGUCCGUCUGGAGGCGGUGGUAGACGCUCAUAUCCGCCGUCUUCGGGCAAUGGUGGCGUGUUCGUUUAUCUGCCUCCUGAGGUGGCUGCAGCUUACCAGCCGCAUACAUUGACAAUUCUACCUCAGCAAGUUUACAACGGCCCAGUUGGAGGUGGCCGACGUGGUAACAGUGAACGCCGUAGUGGUCCCUCACGUGUUGUAACUGCUCCCGCGGCCCCUGGUAUGUUCCUGCCUCACCGUAUUCUCAUUUUAAUUAAUCCUUGCCAUUUUAACAGCGCGCAUGCGUUACUAAGGUCGAGUUUGGGAUUUGUAGAACUGCGAGGGGCCUACGUCGAUUUCCUCAUAUAUUUCUAUAUCUUUAUGUUUACUGACGGUCAAUCGUCUCGCUCCUUUUCGCAUGCAGAAGUUGACUGCUCGGUACCUUACGACUUCGAGACGGCCAAUGCCGAACUGGAGGCCGAAUUAGCGAAGAUUAAUCUGAACGCUGAAAAUCCAGAUGAGCAGGACAAACUCAGCUCUGGAGACCGCAGUGUGAAUCCAACAAGUGUUGAAACUGGCGCAUUCGGAGGAACUGCUUCUGGAAGCGGUGCAUCAGGUGACUCCUCAUCUGGGACCACGGAUGUUGCCUCUGGGACAACAACGGAACCUAUCCAAACUCUUGCCAAGUAUGUUUUUUAAAGUCCUGCACGUCCUUUUUUCUGUAUUUUCGCUCUUAAACAGACAGGUUAAGGCUUCACAUCUAAUUCCCUCAUCAGUUGUUGGGGCUUCUUUGGGGUAACUCAACUUCAACUGCUUCCACUUUAACCCUAUUUGUUAGCUUUGUCUCUCGGUUUUGUAAAAGACGUCUUUGCUUAUUUUUCUCAUUCUGCAGUGGGGAAUAUUAUGUGCGCGAAAAGUGCUUCUUUGAUCAGAUAAGCCGAUCCGAAGGCGGACCACGCGGACCAACAGGCGCAACCAGAGGAAGUGGAAAUAGUGAACGCGGUCGUUUCAAUUCAUUUGAUCGCUCGAGACCUUCUCAAGGGUUUUCAAUGUCUACGGCACGGCGGGAGCUCCAGCUUAAUAUUGAAACUUUUGGCCAGAUCGCUGCGCGCAGAGUCUACAAUCAGCGACGGCGACCGAACGGAAAUGUUUCACGCGAUCUCUUGGUGUCAGCCACCGCUUAA